UCCUCAGAGCGCUUCUUCUUCUUCUUUUGAGCCUCUCCUCCGGUUCCUGCAGGGUUUCAGACAUCUCUUGCCUCUCCUCGGCUGGGCUUCAAAACGCACCGGAGGCCUGAGGAGCAGUGGGGCAGCCAUGGAAUUGCUGACUGGGUAUGGCCUGUGGCCUGUGGCCAUAUUCACAGUCAUCUUCAUAUUACUGGUGGAUCUGUUCCACCAACGCCAGCGCUGGACUGCCCGCUACCCACCAGGCCCUGUGCCACUGCCUUUGCUCGGCAACUUGCUGCAGGUGGACUUCAGGAACAUGCAGUACAGCUUGUACAAGCUCCAACAACAGUAUGGCGACGUGUUCACCCUGCAGAUGGCCUGGAAACCCAUGGUCAUGAUCAAUGGAUUGAAGGCAGUGCGGGAAGUGUUGGUGAACUGUGGAGAGUACACUGCAGACCGCCCUAAAAUACCCAUCUUUGAACACGGGAGUUUGGGUCCCAAAGCAAAAGGUGUGAUUCUUGCCCCUUAUGGGCCUGAGUGGCGAGAGCAGCGACGAUUCUCUCUGUCUACCCUGCGCAACUUGGGUCUGGGCAAGAAAUCACUGGAGCAGUGGGUGACAGAUGAGGCUGGACACCUCUGUGAUGCCUUCGCUGACCAGGCUGGACGUCCCUUCAAUCCCAGCACCAUGCUGAACAAAGCUAUGUGCAAUGUGAUCUCAUCUCUCAUUUUUGCUCGUCGCUUCGAGUAUGAAGACCCUUACCUCCUUCAGGUGCUGAAACUCCUGGAAGAAGCUUUGAGCAACAUCUCUGCCUUUGUUCCUCAGAUUCUGAACACAUUUCCAGUGCUCCUGCACAUCCCAGGGUUGUAUGACAAGGUCUUCUCUGGGCAAAAGAACUUCAUGUUCAUGGUGGAUAACCUGUUGACUGAGCACAGGAGGACCUGGGACCCUGAACAGCCACCGCGAGACCUGACUGACGCCUUCCUGGCAGAGGUGGAAAAGGCCAAGGGGAAUCCUGAGAGCAGCUUCAAUGAUGUGAACCUGCGCAUGGUGGUGGCUGACCUGUUCAUUGCUGGGAUAGUGAGCACCUCAACUACUCUAUCCUGGGCCCUGCUGUUCAUGAUCCUGUAUCCAGAUGUGCAGAGCCGAGUGCAACAGGAGAUCGAUGACAUCAUAGGGCAAGGGAGAAGCCCAGAGAUGGCAGAUCAGGCCCGCAUGCCCUACACCAAUGCUGUCAUUCAUGAGGUGCAGCGAUUUGGGAACAUCUCCACAUUGAAUUUGCCAAUCAUCACAUCUCAGGACAUUGAAGUACAGGGCUUCCUCAUCCCCAAGGGGACCACCCUCAUCACCAACCUGUCCUCGGUGCUGAAGGAUGAGACCGUCUGGGAGAAGCCCCACCACUUCCAUCCUGAACACUUCCUGGAUGCCCAGGGCCACUUUGUGAAGCAUGAGGCCUUCAUGCCAUUCUCAGCAGGCCGCAGAGCAUGCCUGGGGGAGCCCCUGGCCCGCAUGGAGCUCUUCCUCUUCUUCACCUGCCUCCUGCAGCGCUUUAGCUUCUCGGUGCCCACUGGACAGCCCCGGCCCAGCGACCAUGGGGUCUUUGGUGUUCUGACGAGCCCCACCCCCUAUGAGCUCUGUGCACUCCCUCGCUAACGGGACACCAAUUCAGUCCAGCCCUAGCUUUGUCUGAUCUUCCCACAGUUUUGUGACUGCCCUUUGUUUUCUUGUUCAAACCCUCACCCCUGACUGCAUUUGGUCCUCACAGAACUGUCCAUAAUCACCCCGACCCUCUAU